UAUCCGUAUACCAUGGUUGUUCUAUAACAUUACUAUUUUUAUCAAUUGAAGCUUACGUUUUAUCAUUAUAGGUUAUUUAAUUAUACAUUUAGUACAUUAUUUUAACAAAGAUAUAUACAUUUGACAAAAAUAGUAAGAAAUAAUGGCAACUGCCAAACAGAACUUCAAAAAAUUGAAAUGGGCAUUAGAUUUUUCUCACAAGAAUAAACAAGAGAAAAAUACAGACAUACCUUCUCCUCCAGGUUAUACUCCUACAGUAGCAUUAUUUCAGAGUGUGGAAUAUCUUAGAGAAACAGAUUCAAACCAUUUAAUAAUUAAAAAAUCUUGGGAUUUAGCCUUAGGACCUCUUAAGCAAGUUCCAAUGAAUUUAUUUAUAAUGUAUAUGGCUGGUAAUUCUAUUUCUAUAUUUCCUAUUAUGAUGGUUGGUAUGUUAAUUCUUAGACCCGUCAAAGCAUUGUUCACGCUUCAACAAACAUUUAAGGUAAUAGAAGGAACACAUGCAUUUGGCCAAAAAUUUGUAUACUUUUUUGGACAGUUAACAAACAUUGCUUUAGCAUUAUACAAAUGUCAGUCAAUGGGUUUAUUACCAACACAUGCAUCAGAUUGGCUGGCAUUUGUAGAACCACAAGCAAGAGUAGAGUAUUCUGGUGGAGGAUUUAUAUAUAUUUAAUAUUGUAUCUAUUUAUUAAUUAAUAAAUACAAAAUUGUAAUUGUAAAAUGUUUAUUUAAAUAAAUAAUGUAUUAGUCUAAA